AUGAAUCCUCAGAGUCACGGUAGUAUACGGUUUUCAUCUGGACUUGGUGAUGAUUCCCGUACCAUCACGUGGACCCCUCCCCCUCCUUCGAGUCUCGUCAACAAAAAUCAUCACUCCGAAGUAAAUGAUCGGAAGCGCCGUCGGGUCCAGGUCAACAUCGUCAAGCAGGGCGUAGCAAUGAUCCAGUUAGGCUCGGACCUGACCUAUGACUUCAGGUUGAACCACGCCGAGGCCGAGAACAAGCUUUCUGAUGUCACAGCCGAACGGGAUCGUCUCCGAAGAGCGCUUGAUGACAUUGAACAUGAGCUUCAAAUUACUCGAGAUGACUACCAAGCGAGUUUAAGGGAUCUAUAUGACAUUAAGGACGAGUUUGAUCACUACAAGAUGCAUCACGGUCAGAACAACGGCACCGUGAACCAGCUGCGAACGAAACUUCACAAAACCACCCAAAGCCGUCUGAGUAUCAUCGAGAAUCGCAAUCAGCUUUUGGAGACAAUCAAAGACUUGGACGAGGAGAAGUUGAAGAGCGAGAACGAGCGAAGCUCCCUGCGCGAAAAGGUUGCUGAGUGUGUGGCCGCUCAGGGUAGGCAAGAGCAUCGGCUCCGCAAGGUCAAGGCUCUUUUUCGCGCAGACCUCGAAUGCGCCAGGAAGGAAGCUGCCUUCGCUAAUCGUCACUGGAACGAAGCCAGGAACGAGGUCAAAGGGGUCAACGAAGCAAUGGAUUCUGUUCGAAAAGAAGCCCAGGUGGAGAAGAAUCAUCUUGUGCAGCAGCGUCAUCUGCUCCAGAAAGAACUCGACUUUGCCAAGAGGAACCACGAGGAAUGUCAAGACGAGAAUAAGCGACUCAUUAAACACACCGAGAGCCUCAAGGAAGAGCACCAAGGCUGCAAAGUCUCCCGCGAUGAGCUCGUGGAUAGUCUUCGGAAUGCUCAGCAGACAACUAAAGAAGCCCAAGCCCAGCUGCACGAUACCCAACGAGAACUCGAACACAGCCGUGAAAAGUACGCUAUGUUGACCACAGAAAUGCGCCUUCUGGAGGAAACAAACGUGGCCCAGAUGAAUCAGCUCGGAAGCGAGCGCUGCGAACACCUGCGCGAGAAACGGGAGGCCACCGAGAGGCAGGCAAAGGCUGAGGCCGAAAUCAAGCAGCUCCGAGACCAAACCCACAGUCUCCGGUCUGAGCUCCGGAGUGAUAUCCUAGAAAAUGAUGGUAAUAAGCUGCUUGUCAUGAUUUAGGAAGAAACUGGCGCAAAGUACGGCAGCCCAGAUCCAGAGGUGGCGGCUGACCUCGAGAGGGAGUGCUGUCAUCGGCCAAGAGAUCGCCUGGAGAGCCGCAACACGUGGGAAAAGAUACGACUAUAGUAUGGUCCUACAGCUGAACUGUCUACGAAGAGCAGUCGCCAGACUUUUGAUGGUCUAGUGGCCCGAGUACCGAAGAUAGACAAAAGUUUUCAUGUUUUCUUCCUUUUAAAUGCAGUUUGGGGUUCCAACACGUGACGCAAGAAGACUCUGAAUCUCCUUUGAGAAACCUCGAUGACUAGGGGUCCAGCCCGGGGCUCGUAUCAAGGCAGAGAACCUAUAUUGUCCAACGUCGCAAGGAAGUGGACGGAAGAUGCCGUCAGACCAUCGAGGGCCGCGAUGAUAUCAAGGGCAUCAUUCAUAAUGUCCUGAGUCUCUGGCGGUGUUCUUGUAGUACCUGUUGUGGUCCAGUAUCGAGACCUGGUGUAGAAGUAACACAUGUUCGUUAUGUCGACGCAGUGCCUGCUCGUCAUAUGUGAAGCCGGGCUUCCAGCAACGUGCUCGACGCCCGAACGUCAACGUGUUUACUGAAGAGGCCGUUCAUUGCGAAGACUUAAGUCAGUCCGGCCCGAUCCCCAUGCCGCCCACCCCCUUUUUCCAAUGGUCCUUUGCCGUCUCGUCUCUGGGGCCCUUUUGGCAGCAACCGAGGUAGGCGACCUUCCCACAUUAACACAUGCCCGUUGCAUAUUCCCGGAUGAGACAGGCCAACCAGCAACCAGCAAUCUCUGGAUCAACGGGCC